UAGUGGUGGCAGCGACAUUCGGUGGUGGGAGAUGGGGGCUGGAGGUCGGCCGACCAAUCGGGUUCGCGAUAAUAACGCGUUCCCGGGUGGAGCUUUCAAAUAUACCCGACUCGGUGCUGGCGACCUUCCGUCAAACGGCGUCCGGCCGUCGAGGGAGAAGGUAGUGCACGCCCGUUUCCCCGAGAAGCAACGACGAACGACGUCGGGGGGCCCUGUGAGUGAACACGGAGACUCGGAUCGUCGUUCGACGGAAUCCUCGAACGUUCGUUGGUCGUGCGGACGAGGCUAUCUCGGAAUCGUCGGCGAGGCUGUGAUCCGCGGCGCGCGUCGCGGCCCUCGGAAACAUGGAGAACCGUUGACGAGGCCUCGAACGCGUGGUCCGUUCGAGAACAAUUUCGAGCCAAGCCGUGACCCGUCGAGCGUCGCACGUCGGCCGUCGAUAUGUUGCACAGCUCUUUGCCGCGGGCGUUCCUUGCUCCCGGACUGAAUUACAUGGGCUACUAUGGCGACGAGAUCCAUCAGCAUCCGUACGGCGCGCCCGCUACCUGGCACAUUCCCAUGGAGAACCUUUCGAGCUACUCGAGGGUCUCCGAGCACCACGUUCUCCAAACGUGGGACAUGUCCAGAUCCUCGACCCCGUGCCCCUUGGACUUGUCGUUGAAAUCAUCGCCGGCGGCGCGCGCGCCGAAAUCCGAGGACUCGGUCGACUCGGAGGCCAAGAAGGAUCGGAAGAUCGGGGACGAGUCGCGGACCGAGUCGGAGGAUCGGGCCAGGUACGGGCCGGCCACCGACGACAACAACACCGGUGGUUCGCUGGUGGUCGACGACUUCGACGCGAUCCCGCGAUGCUCUUCGGUGAACAGUCACUCGAGCUACGAGUUGCCGUCGAAGAAGGAACAGCCGCCGCCGCUGCCGCCGCCUCUGCCGCCUCUGCCGUCUCUGCCGUCGCAGCUGCAGCAGGAGCCGAGCGAGAAGCUUUGCUCGCUCGAAGAAGCUGCUCGUCUGAUGCCGUUCGGCGCGAUCGACGCGAUCGGCGCGAUCGGCGAGGUCGCCGCAAAGUCCUAUUACGCGCACGGCCAGAAGCUGAACGUGCUCGCGAGUCCGAGCCAGCUGCAGCAAUCUGUCCAGCACUACCAGCAGCUUCGGCAGCAGCUUCUGACGCCUCCGCAUCACUUGCACGGGAUGCAGCACGCGCCGAUGACCCCGCCGAGCACGCCGUCGCCGCCGCAGUGUCCCAGAAGGAAGAUCAGGGAGGAGGACUGCAGCCCGGCGUCGUCGGUCGGCAGCGGCUCGACGACGAGCACCGGCUCCAGGGCCGGCGGCCCCGCCGAGAAGCUCGCGCAGGGGCCCAAGAAGAAGCACGCUCGCAGGCUGAAAUUCGACGAGGACACCAGCAGCCCGGUCUCCGGGACCGUGAUCCUGGGCCCGGACGAGGCCGUGGUCACCGGCGACAUCGAUCCGGCCUUCAACAUCGUCGAAGUCACCGAGGAGGCGCGGGCGGAGCUCGCCAAGAUCGAGAACCGGCUGGGCCCGUAUCAGUGCAAGCUCUGCCGGCAGCUACACGAGGACGCUUUCCAAUUGGCCCAGCACAGGUGCUCGAGGAUAGCGCACGUCGAGUACAGAUGUCCGGAGUGCGACAAGAGGUUCUCGUGCCCGGCCAACCUGGCGUCCCACCGGCGCUGGCACAAGCCGAGGCUGGCCAACGGGGACCACCCGUCGUCCGUCGCCGGCAUCGAAAUUCCCUGCACCAGGUGCGACGCCAAGUUCACCAGGCAGGCCGCUCUCAGGAAGCACCUGACCGCGCAGCAUCCCGAGACCAACAACGGCAACAACAACAACGGCGGCGGCACCAGCAGCGGUAACAGCAACGGCGUCUCCAUGGACGGUCAAGGAUCUCCGGGUAAGGCCGACAUCGUUCAGAUAGUUUCCAGCAGCUCGUUGAACGCCGAAAUGCCCUGACACGAAUUCCCUGCGCGACCUUUACCGCGGAGGCCAGGCAUCUACUGGAGGUUCGGUCUUGACCUCUAAACGCUCGCGUCUCUCCGCGUUCUUACGGUUCCGUUUCAUACGCCUGUUUUACAUUUAACCCCCGGCGGAUCUCUUUUCGGGUCUCUUUUCGGGUCUCUUCUCGGUCUCGUUCGAUCGCGUCAGCGUUUGCUCCGCGUUCCGGAACGGUCCUUCGCGGCGGACCCUUCGCGGCGGGCCCUUCGCGCUCGGAGAACCUUCUCUUACCGAAAACUUGAACGUGUUUGCUCGCGAAACGCGUGGCAAGCGAUGCGUCGAUCGAGCGUUGGAAAUAAUCGUGAAACGAUAUUUAUCUCGAAAAUAGUAUCCGAAUAGUCCUUCUUGAA